AUGUCUGGCAACUCUACAUACAAGACAACACUGAACGCCGCCCUCCUUACAGGGUACAACCCUAGCGUUCACCCAGGCCAAAACUAUGACAGACAACUUCUGAAUAUAAACGUAAGCUUCUCGUUAACGAAAAUACAAACCUUUGACGAGCUUGCAAGUGCUUUUACCAUAACGGGAGUUUUCAAGGUAACCUGGCAUGACGAACGUCUGAAGUGGACUCCGGACACGUAUUAUAAACUGACCAAUACACAUUUCAAGCAGAAGGAAAUCUGGACACCCCCAUUUGUUCUGUCAAACAGUUACCACAAUAUUGACUUGAUUGGGAACGGUGAUAUGCCUGUAAAGCUAACCCACGAUGGUACAGUAGACUGGUUUCUUCCACUAAAACUGUCCUCGUCCUGUGAUGCCGACGUCACCUAUUACCCUAAUGACGAACAGAUCUGUAAUUUGGAGAUUUUGCCAUGGGGAUACACACAGAAACAUAUCAAAGUGACAGUGCCAAGUUCGAGUCUUAACCCGGAUGAAUAUGAGCAGAAUCCAACAUGGACUCUCGUCAGCAUAUCUCAAUACUCCUACAAAGCGCCAAAGCUUGGUUUUGGAAUUAUAAUCACAUUGAGAAGGAAACCUUUGUUUUUCAUUGUAAAUUUCAUUAUGCCCACAGUUUUUGUGAGUUUUAUAAAUAUGAUGGUAUUUCUGCUCCCGGCUGAGUCUGGAGAACGUGUUGGUUUUUCCAUUACUGUGUUGCUGGCCAUCGCCGUGUUCCUGUCCACGAUCACUACCAUCCUCCCCCAGACCUCUACGCCACAAAUGGCUUUACUAUGCUACCUGCUUGUGGCUCAAAUCGGACAGAGUCUUUUGAUAAUGUUGUGUACGAUUUUUGGACUCCGAUUUUACUUGCGACCUACGAAGGAACCUGUUCCAAGAUGGAUAGCAAGGCUGACAUCAUUAGCUAGUGCAUGUAAGAAUCCGAGUAACUCGAACGUACAUCCGUUACCUGAAAAUACCGUAACUGUACUUUCAAAUGAAGAACCUGGUGAUGUUUGUAAGGAUGCAGACAACAAUGUGCCUGACUUUGUCGUAUCUUGGCAGCUUGUCGGGAAAUCGUUUGACAGUGCAUGUUGUGUGUUCUUCCUGCUGACCUCAAUCAUAUGUAAUACAGCUUUUCUGGUCGUGAUGUGCGCAUGA